CUUUUGGUUGAUAAAAGACAAAAAUAGUUUAUACUAAAUGCUUCUUAAAUGUCUCUUUACGCAUGUCUAGUUUGCGCACUGCUUAACGAGCCUUCCUUACAUCUUCCUCACAUUUAUAUAUAUGCCAUUAAGGCUUUAUAUUUUCUCCUCUUACCUCUUACCACUUACUUUGCGUUAUAUAUCAUUUCAAAUCCUUGGAUGGUAUCAAAUAAUAAGCAAACUUUCGAGGGGAAUGAAAGUGGUGAGCGCAGAGGUAAUAGAAUUCCAGUUAUGCAAUCUACACAGAGACAUAAUGAUCCAAAACAAACACCUCUUAGAAAUGUGACAAAAGGGGUGUGGACCAAGGACUACGAGUUGUACUUUGAACAUUUUUUUCGCAAAGUGGUACGCGAGGAGGUGGAACGUAGAAUCCAAGAUUACUUACCUGCAAGGGCAUGGUUUGAUGAGAUUGGCGGUGAUAGGUCCAGAGCAUCGCCCUUUGAGUUGCGUUUCACUAAUAAAUUGUCUGAUAUAAUUUUUACCCACUCUAACGUGAUAUCGGAGGAUAAAACACCCAUUCAAAUUGCUCUCUUUGAUAUCAGAGACCAGUCAGUGGUUAAUGUUGGUCCCCUUUCCUCUUUAAAGGUAGAAAUCUGUGCUCUCAAUGGCGAGUUCGGUUUCAACGGAAGUGAGGAUUGGACUGAAGGUGAAUUCAAUGUCAAUAUCUUGCGUGAGAGAGAUGGCCGAAGACCGUUGUUGAAUGGAGAUAGAGUUAUAACAUUGAAAAACGGCGUAGGUUGUAUUAAUAAGGUUAUGUUCACGGAUAACUCGAGGUGGAUACGGAGCAGAAAGUUUAGGUUGGGAGCCAAAGUUAUCCAAACAGCUUCUAUUGAAGCUAACGUUAGGGAAGGUAGAAGCGAACCUUUUGUGGUCAAAGAUUACAGAGGAGAAUCGUACAAGAAACACCACCCUCCUUCCCUGAAUGAUGAUGUUUGGCGAUUAGAGCAAAUUGCCAAAGAUGGGAAAAUUCACGAGAGGUUGUCCCUCCAUGGAAUUCACACAGUGAAGGACCUCUUGCGGUUAUACACAACAAAUCCAUCUUCAUUACUUGAGAAGGUUGGCAACAUUCCAAAGAGAUCAUGGAUGUCAAUUAUUGAACAUGUCAAGACUUGUGUGAUAGAUGACGACGAGACUUUCGUAUACCACACAGCAGAACAAUCGACUAGCUUGAUUUUCAAUUCCAUCUAUGUCCUUGUGGGUGUGAGUUUUGAUGGGAAAAAUUAUGUAUCCCCUGAUACUCUUACCUCCGAUGAGAAGCGUGUUGUGGAAAUACUGAAGCACCACGCUUACCAAAAUAUGGAUAAUCUCAAAUCAAUUCACAAGACACCAUUGGAAUGUGUAGGAAUGGGACAGUCUGAUGCUACAGAGCAAGGUCUUCAACGGUUAAAUAUCUCUACACAACAAGAAGAUCAUCAAGGAACAUGGGCUGGUCAUGAUUACCCGUAUGCCUCAACUUCAUAUAGGGAUGAAGGCGUUCAUGAUCACAAUAUGUUGUACUCUGAUCCAAAUUCAGUGCCAGACAUAACAGACAUGCCACUCAACAAUCCUUAUGUCAUCAAUUCACACACAAAGGAAUUUCUCUUUGGAUUGUGUGUUGAAGAGGAUGGUUGGGUCUCUUUUGGAUAACAUUUGCAACUUGUGCAAGGAGGUUAUUCAACCAAACAGAUCACAUCACAAACUCUGUUGUCGUCCUCCCUGUAAAACAUGGGGGCAACAAAAUGGCUUUAACUUUGCUCCUUGCGGUGGAACAAAUUCUGUCACCGUCAUUUCUUCAGUUCUAGUGUUAUUAUGUCAAGCAGUAGAAAACCAAGAUUCAAAUUGUACUCAAGUGACUCAUGUCAGACAAAAGGGUGGCAGCAACCAAAAAGAAUGUGAAGCUUUAGAAUUAUGAAACUUAUACUAUGUAGUCUCUGGUUGGUUUCCUUACA